AAAAGGUCCCGGAGGAAAAUCCAAUCGCAAAAAUCGUCGUCUGCGUCUAAUAACGUAGAUGCCGUAGAUCUCCAGCUUAUAUACUGUAUAUGUAUAUAGUAUACAGACACCAACUCGAAGGAACGUAAAAAGGCGCUACGCGUUAAAUAUUUGUUUGGGAAUUAUUCAGUCUGCACGUAAUCGCCUCGAUGAAAACCUCCUCGGACGCGUAGUAAACAGUAAAGAUUCUCGUUAUCGUCCAGCCUUGAGUAUCCUCGCUGGUCCGUUAUCCCUUAUUUUCUCAAGGUCAACAUUCAAAGCUACCGUGUCUGAGUUCCAACACGAGCGAGGCUCACAGUGGACACGUUAUUACCCCGGUGGUUACGCAGCCUAGAGCGAGAGGUACCCAAGACUUACGAAUACGAACAGCUAAUAAUAGAGGAUGCAUCGAUCACCUUGGGUUAACGUUGCGCAGGGAAAGACCGUAAAGGCCUGUUUUCAAUCAGUGUCCGAACAAUGUUUACAAGGGAUGUUGCGUCACGUCGUAUCAACUCGGCAAAUCUACGUGUGGAUGGAUAAUCUGGGCAAGAAGAGUCGAUGUUUGCGUCCGAUCCCUUUCUUUUUAUUUCCUCCAAUUGUUAUACUACCAGAGAAAGAGAGACGGACAGACAGAACUUCUAGAUAUCUAAACUGUCGGACGUACAUACCAGCUGAAGCUUCCGAGUGGCUCGGACUUGCGUCACAGAUAGGAGAUGCGGAAUGGACCGAAAGAGUUUACCAAGAAGCGUAUAAAGCCUCACCCACCCCUAACUAAUCUGUUCCUGAUCGUCUUCUCUAUUGGCCGGUAUUUCCGAACCUCGCAAGACCACCCGGGGCGCGCGUGACGACUAACGCGGAAAAAAGAAGCGCUUGGCCGAAUUAUCUUUAGUACCAUCAGACGCCACGGGGCGCGCAUCAAGAAUCUCAACGAUGUCCAUAUACACUUGUAACGGACCGAAGGAAUUUUUUAUCUUUCAACCCUAAGUAAUCGUGUAAACUGAAUUUCUUUUUUUGUACACUCCGCUACCGAUCUACCGUGUAUUAGCAUAUCGAUAAAGCGCAAGGAUGGAACGCGGAGACGAGGAGUGUCGGACACACCCUUUGCUACGGUUGCCUCCCCAUCUCAAAAUUAUCCCCUGAGCGUCAGACCCAAGUACGUAUUCAACUUAUCUGGUCCUAAGGGAUUUCCGUGAGGAUGUGUAUGAUGAAUAAAAAAAUUAUUUCCUAGUGUUCCUUGGAAGAAGACCCCCUCUUGAUACCCUUGGACUAGCCCUGGAUCCCGAGUGGAUGAACAUUCGGGACCGUCUGAACCACGUGGCCCCCCGCCCCAAUGCACUUGUUAGUACAGUAUCGGUAGACAACUGCUGGAAGACGCAGCUUGGCGCGCUCGUCACAGGAAGUGGACCAACAGGAGAACGUACAUAUACCACCGGUACAAUCACCGGUACGAACGAGAUCAGCGAAGAGACUUUUCAUCCGUAUGAAAAGCGUGGAAAAGUUCAUUGCUCGAGAGGGGCCGACGGUGCCAGUGGGGGGGAUCAGUGAAUAAGGGUGAAUCGGUUUAUAUGGGGUGAAUAGGACGGAUGAGUAUCAGGGAGUAAAGCAGUAGGGGUUGUGGGGGGUUCGUUCCACGUAGACAGGUCAUUCACCCAGGGGAUGAACGCGAUGAAAAAGGGAAAAUACUCCCACGUCCAUUCCGAUGGUCUUGACGUGUCUUUCGAACAACCCAGAAGCUCCGUACAGCCAGCAGCUACCUAAUUUCGCCAUGACUUGACAGUUUCCUCGACGAUAUUAUGUACGGCUGGUAACAACGAGAUGGCGCCACCGGAGUUAUUCUAAAGUAUCACUUUACCAAUGUUUACAUGCUGCCUCAGCCGCGUCGUCCCCGUGUUCACCGGAAGCAGAGGAAGCCCUGCGCACGGCAGGAAAGCUAAAAGAGCCCCGGCUGAGGCUCGCCGGACUUUUCGUCGGGCAUCGAGCCACCAGGAAAGAUGUGGAGGCCUCGAAAUAACGUUACGAGGAAAUUUCGUGGCUCGUUAAUGACUCGCGGUCGAGUCGUGUGCCCAGGAGUUGCGUAAUACCUCUGUCGAAAAUCACCAUGCAGCAUUAGAGCCGACUUUUAUACACUCUGUCGGACUUGAACCAGACCGGCGCGAAUAGCCAUGACAAUAUUCAAUGAUCUUAAGGAGAAUCGCGUGCACGGAGGAUGUUCAAAGUCGGGGAUGCUUCGCUUGUGUCCUUACCAGAGGGGUCGGCUGCGACUUCAGGUCUAUUCUUACGCGGCUCCUCCUACGAAAACACCGAACCAGCCUUAAACUACCCUUGUUACCUCUUCCGUGUGGGGAUAGGGUGUCGCUGGGGUCUGUCCUCACCCUACACACUGCACCCUUAUAAACCGUAACACGUGGUAGGUAUGUGUAUGCCAAAGCAACGCGAUCCGUAUACACGUGAACUUGCAACCCUCCAUACAUAAUUCUAGCCUCUUGAAGGGAGCUGGCGCGCACACCCACGCACCCACACCGCAGAGGCCACUGGCCUGAAUGCUCUGCAGUCUACAGUUCCUUUGCUACCUACUCGUCGAAGGGUGAUUCAGUGUGACACGGUGAUUCCGUCGGGUGACUCACGCGGUCGUCCAGGAGCGGGUAGAGCUCACCCUUGCAUGUAUAUUCUGGUAUUGGAUAAGAAUCGCAAUGUAAAUUCUGAGGGCUGGCAGUCUGAAAGUGAAUUUGUC